UUAAUGUCGUUUCUCAACAGAAUUGGGACAUCGAUUCAUUUGUUUCGGCAUGCAGAAUUUCGUCUGUGAAAUCCUCGCAACGGACUUGUACUCGGGCUUGGUAGCGCUGAACCGUCGAUAUAUACAGCGCCACAAGUUCCAGCCGCUGCGACCGGCGCUGCCCGAGAAAAAUGUCGUGCCACAAAGAUUGGGCCUUAAUGACUAUCGACGGUAUCAUAAGGGAGAUGAGUCUGAGCUCUACACUUACGGGCAAGAGCGAAACAAUGACGUGGUUGCCCGCCAAGAAGAGUCUGCCCCUGUGGAGUCGGCGACUACCUCGGCGGGAAUUGCCUAAAAAGUGGCACGCAUUCGAUGUGGAGGUGCCCGAGCAUCUGUGGACCCUGUGGGGCGGAGUGCAUCCGCGCUCCAGCUGCUUCGACAGCCAGGUGAGGGGACGCCAGACCCUGGCCUGCUGUGUGGUUGCCUGCUGUGCGGCGAGCAUCUACCGCAGCCUCAAGGAGUGGACGCCCAAGUUCCUCGACGCCAUUGUCAUCAGUGGCGAUAAAUACUAUCGGGCGAGCAUGCUGACUAGCCGGGGCCCGUACGACCUGUCGCUCGAGUGCGACUUCCAUGGCAUUGACUUCCUCGUCCAGCUGCAGCUGGUGGCCUAUGGCCAGCUCUACAGUGCCCCAGCUGGCAAGGUUAUGGGGCUCUACGAGGCACUCAACUACUUCUUCACGCGCUAUCAGCACGGCCUGGUCAAAUGCCUGGGGCAGCACUUCGCGUUUGGCUACUCCUCCUGCCGGGAUGGCGGCUACUUUCUCUACGACUGCAGUGCCUGGGACAAGCCUCUAUUUCCCGACAACAUGGGCGCCUCCUAUGUGCUGCGCAGCAAGCAGCUCCUGCUCCUCGCCUACUGCAUGGUGAUUACCCUCAACAUAAGACAGCUUGGUAUAGAUUUUCAAAUUUUUAGCGUACAGGCAAAUCGAGCAAUGAACUAG